AUGAAUCUCUUUUUAUUGUUUUCGCUUGUCAAUUGUGAGAGAGGCUGGAAUCAUCGAAUCAUUACAGAUAAUGCUGGAACAAUAUCGACUCCCAAUUUUGACUACGGACGGCAUAACUACCCAGCUUAUUCGAGAGAAAGCUGGUUGAUCAAAUCUGGAUCUCCAAGACAUCAUGUUCUUCUCCAAUUUACCAGCUAUUUUGCCAUCGAGGAAGACAGCAGUAACUGUAUCUCCGACUCUCUGAAGAUUUACGAUGGAACUAAUUCUUCUUCGCCACUGCUGGGAGUUUACUGCGGAGUUCAACGACCGCCCUCAACAAUUUCGUCGGGGUCGAAUCUUUUCGUUGUUUUUUCGAGUGAUUCGAGCGCCGAGGAGAUCGGAUUUCAAGCUCAUUUCAAGGGAAUAACAAUGGAGCAAUCAAAUAUCAACCCAAUGGUUAAAUGUGGUGAAUACAUAACUGCAGAUGAAGGAGUCUUUUACAGUCCCGGAUAUCCAAAUUUCUACGAUGUGAAUCUUAUCUGCAUGUGGAGACUGACUGUGAAUGUCGGAAAAGCAAUUCAGCUUACUCUUCGAUAUUUGGAUAUCGAAAACAGUAAGUACUGCUCCCGCGACUCUCUAACAAUCGCUACCGUACAAAAUGAAACCGUCGAAAACGGUCUCGAAACCAAACAUCUGAGACACCUCUGCGGAAAAGACAAUAAUCACGUGCAAAUCGACACUGAUAGUAACGACGUACUCAUCAUUUUUACAAGCGAUCAUGUCUCGUCUAAAUCCGGCUUUGAAAUUUACCACACUACGGGUUACGCGCAGACUGCUUGCCCAAGCUUGACAAAAUUGAACGAAACAGAGGGAACGAUAGUUACUGCCGUCGUUGACGAUGAAUAUGACAAAAUGCUACAUUGCUCGUAUCUUAUCGAGGCCGAUCCAUUCAACGUGGUUGAAAUUUAUGUCGACGGGCUAAUCUCGUCUCCCGAUUGCUUGCAAGACAAUUUGAGUGUCUUCGAUGGCGACACCGAUCAUCAUCGAAAUAUCGCUACAGUUUGUGGGUCAAGGACUUCGAAGGUCUUCACGACAACGCAGGAUAAAGCCCUAGUCGUUUGGCACCUUGACCUUCCCGACUCGACGAAAAAGGCUCAGUUCACAUUUCGUCAAAAACCAAAUCCAUUCAAAAGCGACUUAGUUGAGAUUCCAAAGCCAACGUUAUCGACAACGACUCCAAAACAAACAUUUCCCGACAAAUCGCACGUUACUUGUACCGAGUGCAUGCACAACGUUACUCGGGUGGACUCCAACAUUUGCCAUAAAAACUACAUUUUCGAAGGGCAGGUUAAAAUGCCCAUCAGAAAAUCUGGCGAUCUAUGGUACACCCGGGUAAAGGUCCUUGACAAUUUCAAAACUGGAGAAAUAUCAAUUGAAAAGCGAGAUAUUUAA